UUCCAGCGCUCGAGCUGCACCAGCACCGAGGGCCUGAGAGGAAUCGCUGUGGUUUGCAGAGGUUAGCAAACAAGCUAGCAAUGUUUCUGAACAUAACAUAACAGCGAAUAUUGUUUUCUACAAACAUUUCCCGUAUAUUUGAAUGACUGGAAUUGAAAAGCGAUUGAAAGAGGAAGGUUAUCCUUGUAUUUUUCGAUCGAGUGGUGUUCAGAACGACGUUUUGUUCGAAUGCCCAAAAUCCAAUCUGCCGAGGUCUAACCAUGAAUAAAAACAAACGGGACAAGGAGUACUACAGCUUUGAUGUCGGGGACUCGACCUUCACCGUUCUGAAGCGCUACCAGAACCUCAGACCCAUUGGAUCCGGGGCACAGGGAAUCGUCUGCUCUUCGUACGAUCACAACCUCGAUCGAAAUGUUGCGAUCAAGAAACUUAGCCGGCCUUUCCAGAACCAGACGCACGCAAAGAGAGCGUAUAGGGAGCUGGUGCUGAUGAAAUGCGUCAACCACAAAAAUAUUAUUGGCCUAUUAAAUGUAUUUACGCCACAGAAAACGCUUGAAGAAUUCCAAGAUGUGUACCUGGUGAUGGAGCUGAUGGAUGCUAACCUGUGCCAGGUGAUUCAGAUGGUGCUGGACCACGAGCGACUGUCCUACCUGCUGUACCAGACACUCUGCGGCAUCAAGCACCUCCACGCAGCAGGAAUCAUACACAGGGACCUGAAGCCCAGUAACAUCGUGGUGAAGUCCGACUGCUCGCUGAAGAUCCUGGACUUCGGGUUGGCCAGGACGGCGGCGACGGGGCUGCUGAUGACCCCGUACGUGGUGACGCGCUACUACAGGGCCCCCGAGGUCAUCCUGGGCAUGGGCUACCAGGCCAACGUGGACAUUUGGUCUGUGGGCUGCAUUAUGGCGGAAAUGAUUCGUCACAAAAUCCUCUUUCCAGGACGAGAUUAUAUCGAUCAGUGGAACAAGGUGAUCGAGCAGCUGGGCACGCCCGCGCAGGAGUUCAUGCUCAAGCUGAACCAGUCCGUUCGGACCUACGUGGAGAACCGGCCCCGCUACGCCGGGUACAGCUUCGAGAAGCUCUUCCCCGACGUCCUGUUUCCUGCCGACUCGGACCACAACAAGCUGAAAGCGAGCCAGGCCAGAGACCUGCUGUCCAAAAUGCUGGUAAUCGACGCCUCCAAACGCAUCUCUGUGGACGAAGCGCUCCAGCACCCCUACAUUAACGUGUGGUACGACCCGGCUGAAGUUGAGGCACCGCCGCCGCUGGUCAUGGAUAAGCAGCUGGACGAGCGCGAUCACACGGUGGAGGAGUGGAAAGAGCUGAUCUACAAAGAGGUGCUGGAGUGGGAGGAGAGGAUAAAGAACGGAGUGAUCCGGGGACAGCCUCCAUCUUUAGGUGCAGCAGUGACCCGGGCCCCCCCGGCCCUGUCGGGCUCCUCUCACGCCCAGGCGGUGUCCCUACGCACAGACCCCCCCCUGGCCCUGGCCCCGGCCCCUCACCGCAGGGUAGAGCCCUCCGCCGGGCCCCUACCCUGCUGCAGAUGACCGUUACUACCCCCACCCCCCCCUCUCUCGUGUUCGGUGAGACACACACACUUUAGGCCAGUUCAUGAAUUCCUCUGCUCCCGUUUCCUUUAUUCUCUGCGUUCCGCUUUAAGGCUGUAAAUACUCAUGGCAGAUCUUAUGUUCCUUCACACGUGCUGAGAACAUUUUGAUUUUUAACACUAAGGGGUCUACUGAAUGUGAAUAUUUUGCUAUUUUAAUUUUAAUUUUUGUAUUUUUUUUAUUUUUAUCUCUGGCAAUAUAAUUUUGCCAUACUGUUUUUGAAUGGUGAUGAUCAUUUAAAGGUAAAUAUAAUUCUCUAUUUAUUAUUAUUUUUUUAAAUUUUGGCUUAUGUUGUGCCAUUUUUUAAAUCACAUUUUAAGUGAGCCCAUUGAAACGUGGCAUUAGCUUUCUGCAUUAAAAGCAGAAAAAUGAGAACGUGAUACUUCCCUGCAUUAAUCAUCACAAAAUGGAUGCUGUAGGAAGGGAACAUAUCCAGGCGUUGCGGAGGCUUGUUAUAUUUAAGGCUUCGCUGCUUUAUUGUAGCACGUUCUCCAGGUCACGUGCGUAUGUUUUGUACAUUAAUUUGUCUAAAGAGACUUUCCUAUUCUGAUCUUGCUGGAUUCCUGUAGUUGUUUAAAGUUGUUGCCUGUCAACCUUUGCCCAGGAAACCACUGACUGGUUACGUAUUGCUAGUAAGAGUUGACAUGUUCGACGACUACUUCCAAACGCAGCGAAAGCUAUAAGCCAUCGAAGCUAAAGCCAAGGCUAACGUGCUAGCUAGCACAAAGCUCUCGCCGCUCGUCGCUCAGUGCCUGCUAGCUACGCCGCUUGCCUCUUCAGGGUGAGUGCACUCGCUGGAAACAGGCUUUUGAAACCACUUCAAACGGUGCUUCGCCAAAUAUAUCAGCAAAUUAAGAUGUCUUGGGAUGCGUGAACCGAUCAGUUGAUGGUGAAUGAUUUGAAAAAUAGCCGAACGGUUACAUUUUGUCAGUUAGGCAGGCUCUACAGCGCUGCACAGCAAGGGCGGGUUUCAGGUUAAUUUGUUGUGUUUUUAAAGUGUUACAUACUGUGUCAACGUCUUUUUUUAGAAAUUCCAUUUUUAAAACUCAGAAACUGGUUUAAAUUUUAUGUAAUAUAUACUUUUACCGGACUUUUCCUUUUAUAUUGCAGUUGUGCAGUAUAUCUUAAUGAGCGUGGGCUUUCCUAAUUUAUAAAACGGGGUAAACGGAUCCCCCAAGAAUGGUUAAAAAUACAGUCGGGAGUGAUGAACCUCAGUCCUGGGUGUACCAUAAAUUAAGCACAUGGAUUUUGUCUGCUCUACAGGGAGUAAACGGUUGCAGCUGUUUGAAAAAAAACAAAAAAAAAAACAAUUGUGACUAAAUUCAAAGUAAAAAUGUCAAAAUAGUAUGCAAUAGGAAUAAUAUAAGAAUUAUAAUGAGGUCCUUUUUUAUUUAUGGAAAAGUGCCUGUGGCUGCUGGGUGUUCAUUCCCACAGUAGCAGAGAAGCAUACAGGUUUUUGAGGUACACGGUUUGUGAGAGCAUCACCGUUUCCAGAAUAUUCCAUCCGAUUUGCAGUGGUUCUCAUCACGAAGCUAUUUUUGUACUGUAAACUGCGGAAAUGGUGCUUUGACACAAGGGCAUGGCGUGAGUGAAAGUGGUGUCGCACGUUCGUUUCAUCACUUGGAAGGAAGGCCCUUGGGGCAGUUUUAUCAAGGUUUUUCAUCAAAGAAAUGGAUCAUUCACGAGGGUUGUCAUUGAAAUGCGCUGUCGGUGGUGCUCCGUUCCAAAUUGCUUGGGACGGUGGAGGUGUGGAGUUACAGAACAUUGUCAGCUACUAUUUUGCAGCUUUUAAAAAAUAACUUUUAAGCACAACCCACUCUGAAUCGUGUUUCUUUUUUUCUUUUCAAAGCACAGUGUACAGUUAUUUAACUGACACUUUUAUCCAAAGCGACUUACAGUUGAUUAGACGAGGCAGGGAGCGAUCCCCCCCUGGAGCAAUGUGGGGUUAAAGGCCUUGAUCAAUGGUCCAACAGCUUUGGGGAUCUUAUUGUGGCUACACCGGGGAUCGAACCACUGACCUUGUGGGUCCCAGUCAUGUACCUUAGCCACUAGGUUAUAGGUCGCUCCCAGUGUGGAAUGUGUUUUUACUGUAGUAAAUGUAGAUGUAACACGGUAAAGAAAGUAAAAAGCUGAACCGCUGGCCUGCCUUUGUGAGGCAUCUACUCGUCUGUUCCAGCACACAGGACAAUCCCUCUAACCAGGAGAUUCUUAUUUAUUUGCAUUUAUUUUAAGUGCUCUUAAUUUCUGUGGUUUUUUUUUUGGUUUUUUUUGCUUAUCUAACGCUUCUGCUGAGAAUCAAGUAGAAAGUCUGCGGAUUUGUUGAUAUCACUUACUGUAUCAGAAAAUAUGUUACAAUCAAAUUUAAAGUGAGCUUUGAUGAACUACCUCACACAAGAUUUUUUUGACUAGCUGUAGGACAAUGUUCGCUGCCCACAUCAUUAGGUGUAGAAUACAAAUGUGAAAUAGUUAUUUAUUUGAAGGCAUACUUGUGUCCAUGUUGGGAAACCUCUGGCAUUGUAAUGUAAUUGCAUACCUUUUUUUUAUUUUAUAUUUUUUAAAACUGUUCACGUGCAAUACCUUUUGUUAUUUGUCCAAGUGGAGGGCCGUAGACAUUUAGCCAUUUCGAUGUGUUUAGAAAGGAGGCAGAACAAUGUUUGGUACCAUCAUCCAUGUAUGUAUAUUUUUUAAACUAUCCUCCCCACCCCCCAAAAAAAAAAUUGUAAUUAUUACUGUAAUAAUCUUUGUGGAGUCAUUAUUACUGUAAUUAUUACUGUAAUAGUCGUUGUGGAGUCAUUAUUACUGUAAUUAUUACUGUAAUAAUCGUUGUGGAGUCAUUAUUACUGUAAUUAUUACUGUAAUCUUUGUGGAGUCAUAUUACUGUAAUCGGCCUUGCUGCUCCAAUUUCAGUGCCACGGCAACGGCAGGGAGCACACCGAUUGGUCACUUUGUUCUGUGGCAGGGCCGAGUAACUCAACAAAAAUGAUUGCCGAAGAACAAGCUCACGUGAUUAUGGUUCCUGGUUUGUAAUGUUUGCUUGGUAGGCCAGCUAUGCCGUUUAUUUAAAAAUAACGUAACACAAAAAUAAAUAUAAAUCGAUAAAUCACCACGGACGAUGAGCAUUAUUGGGAAUACCGUGUGUGUACAAGAAUCUGAUAAUGGCAGUCUCAAUAAAAGUAUUGCAAAUAAA